UUCACAAUGCUUAGACUCCGACUUCCACGCGCUCUUAUUGGUCAACGUCUCCCAGGCGGCGAACGCUGAUUGGCUGAGCCGGACAAAAUCUAUUCACAAUCACAAUUGGAAAGAGCUUGGGUAUCCAUUUCAUUUCCUUUGCAUAGCUCAUCGUCCGACAGGUGGGAAACAGAGACCCGAGGAGAUCUGGUGUAGGUCGGGGAUUGUACAAGGAACAUCAGCAACUGAGGAUGGGAGAUGGUGAACCAAACCCAUAUGUGAGGAUCAGCAGCACUAAAUAUAUUUUACGGCCUGAGCUAUUGUCACUUCUGAGAACCUACAAUUGCUAUCAUGAAGGAAAAAAUUUCCAGCUACGACAUCAUGAGGAGGGUGGAGAACUUGUGGUGGAAGGUCUUCUGAAUAUAUCUUGGGGUCUACGGCGCCCAAUAAGACUACAGGUGCAAGAUGUCAAUGAGAGAAUAUGUUUUAGCUCUUCAGAGGCCUGGAGCAGGGAGUCACAAGGAAAACACAGUCCAGAAACAUUACCUGUUGCAGAACAGCAGAGCAAUAAAGAAGAAAAAAACAACAAUUCUUCUGGUAGAAAUCCAGGUGAAGAGGAAACAACACCUCAGCUGAAGCGGACUAGAAGUGAUGCCAGCUUUGUGCAGAGACGGUCAAAGCACUACAGUCCUGAAGAGAUGCAAAGAUUGAGAAGUAACAGGUUCUCUAUCAAUGGCCAUUUCUAUGAUCAUAAGACUUCUGUGUUUACUCCAGCGUACAGCUCAGUGACAAAUGUACGUGUCAACAGCACCAUGAACACGUCCCAGGUUUUAAACCUGCUGCUUAAAAAAUUCAGGGUGGAAAACAGCCCUUUAGAGUUUGGAAUGUAUUUUCUUCAUGAGACAGGAGAAAGAACUAAAUUAGGAGAUACAGAUUUCCCCCUGAUUUGCCGAAUACUACAAGGUCCCUGUGAGAGGAUUGCCAAGUUAUUCAUAAUGGAGACAGAUCUUGGAGUAGAGGUUUCACAUGAUGUGGCCCAGUACAUCAAGUUUGAAAUGCCUCUGCUGUAUAGCUUUGUUGAGAAACUGAAUGAAGAAGAGGAUAGGGAAAUAAACAAACUGACUAAAAGGUACCAUGCACUUCGCUUGCUGAUGUUGCAAAGGCUGGAAGAACUAACAAGCUAUGAGAGCUAUGCAUGAA